AGCACAGUGGGUUCUUGGGUAAUCGAGGAAACUCAAGAGAUUCCUCUUUGUAGCUAACCGGCUAAUGCGCUAGACAACGCACUUGUGCUUGUAUUACUGUCCGUUUCAGUGUCCGUGUCCUUUAUAUGACAGUGAUUUUCCGAUAAGCCGCCAGUGACAAAAGAGAAGCAGACAUCAACGAACAAGUCUACAUACGCUGGACGUUUGAGCACUUGCUUUCUCUCAGGAUGCUAGCAUGUUGCAAGCCAGCCAACUAGCUAGCCAGCCUGCUAAAGUAGCCUAAUAACAGCACUGUCCGGAUGCUUUGAACAGCAGCGUAGCGGAUUUUGGGGUGUUUCUUGUCGGCCUUCUAUGAUGUCAAACAACCGGCCGCAGCAAAGUGCUGCUGGGGAAAGUUCAGUGCCUAGCACAAGUAGCACUGGCACGGGGAGCACAAACGGUGGCGGUGGGAGCAACGCUAUCACAAGUAAUGGUAAUAAUUCUGGAAAUGUUGUGCCCACUCGGACCUUGGCAGCAGCCGGCGAGAGCAGCUUGUCGGUGCCAACUUUAGCGGCCGUGCCGUCGUCCCGGGGCGGUUUUGCUUCUCUAAGCAGACCCUCUGCGUCCUCAUCCAGCAAAAAGAAAUCCCUCCAUCAAGCACCCUUAUACAACGGUCUCUUGAAUUCAUAUGAAGAUAAAAGCAACGAUUUUGUCUGUCCCAUUUGCUUCGAAAUGAUAGAAGAGGCGCACAUGACAAAGUGCGGGCACAGUUUCUGUUUCAAGUGUAUCCGCCAGAGCCUCGAGGACAACAACAGAUGUCCCAAGUGCAACUAUACUGUUGAUAACGUGGAUCAACUGUACCCAAACUUUCUUGUAAAUGAACUGAUCCUUAAACAGAAGCAAAGGUCGGAGGAGAAGAGACUAAAAUUAGAUCAUCCUAAUGGGUCCAGGUGGCAGGUUUUCCAGGAUGUGCUGAGUCCUGACCAAGAGAACUUGGACCUGGCAAAUGUCAAUCUGAUGCUGGAGCUCCUCGUUCAAAAGAAGAAGCAGCUGGAGGCAGAAUCUCAAGCAGCUCAGAGACAGAUCCUCAUGGAGUUCCUUAAAGAAGCCAGGAGAAACAAGAGAGAACAACUGGAGCAACUGCAGAAAGAGAUCAACUUUCUCGAAGAGGACAUUAAGCGAGUUGAGGAAAUGAGUGGGUUAUGUUCCCCAGUUAUGGAGGCAGAGUGUACAGUGCCUAAUGUUGAGGCUCCCUCACCAGCAUCCAGCUGUAUCAUUGAGCCACCAGACUAUAGCCAGCCUCCAGGAUUUGGAGGAGCAGCCCAGGGAAAAAGGCAGACCUGGUACAACAGCACCUUGGCCUCGAGAAGAAAGAGGCUGAUGGCUCAUUUUGAGGAUCUGGAGCAGUGCUACUUCUCCAACAAAAUGUCCCGCAUCACAGAUGAGGGCAGGAACCUGAACCAGUUGGAUGAUUUUAUGGAGUGCUUGUCCAAAUUCACCCGCUACAACUCUGUGCGGCCACUAGCCACCCUCUCCUAUGCCAGUGACCUCUAUAACGGCUCCAGUAUCGUCUCCAGUAUUGAGUUUGACCGUGACUGUGACUACUUUGCCAUUGCUGGUGUGACCAAGAAGAUCAAGGUGUUUGAGUACGGCACUGUGAUCCAGGAUGCUGUGGACAUCCACUACCCUGUCAACGAAAUGACCUGUAAUUCCAAAAUCAGCUGUAUCAGCUGGAGCAGCUAUCAUAAGAACCUUCUAGCCAGCAGUGACUAUGAGGGUACCGUCAUCCUGUGGGAUGGAUUCACCGGCCAGAGGUCCAAAGUCUACCAGGAGCAUGAAAAAAGGUGUUGGAGUGUUGACUUCAAUCUGAUGGACCCCAAGCUCUUAGCCUCUGGGUCUGAUGAUGCUAAAGUGAAGUUAUGGUCAACCAAUCUUGACAAUUCCGUGGCCAGCAUUGAGGCAAAGGCCAAUGUGUGCUGUGUUAAAUUCAGUCCGACCUCCAGAUAUCAUCUGGCCUUUGGCUGUGCAGACCACUGUGUCCACUACUAUGAUCUACGCAACACUAAGCAGCCCAUCAUGGUGUUCAAAGGUCACAGGAAGGCCGUGUCCUACGCCAAGUUUGUCAAUGGGGAGGAAAUUGUUUCUGCUUCGACAGACAGUCAACUGAAGCUGUGGAAUGUCAACAAAACCCACUGUCUGCGCUCCUUUAAGGGUCACAUAAAUGAGAAGAACUUUGUAGGACUGGCUUCCAAUGGAGACUAUGUUGCCUGUGGUAGUGAGAACAAUUCUCUGUACCUGUACUACAAAGGACUUUCCAAAACACUGUUAACAUUCAAGUUUGACACAGUGAAGAGUGUCCUGGACAAGGACAAGAAGGAGGACGACACCAACGAGUUUGUCAGUGCUGUCUGCUGGAGGGCCCUGCCUGAUGGAGAGUCAAAUGUACUGAUUGCUGCAAAUAGUCAAGGAACAAUCAAGGUACUUGAGCUUGUCUGAGCACCCACUGGAUCUUCAGCAGGUGAUGGACCAACCAUCAGCCUCCAUUUGUUUGGAAGAAGAUCAGUCUGACACAGGGAGAGCCCAGGGUGCCUGCUGGAUUUGGAUGCCCGACAACACCAGGAGAGCAGAAAUAAGAAGAAUCUGUCUUAUUUUAUUGAGAUGCACAGCAGUAAAGACUUUGGACUAGUACCUUACUAUAGCAGGAGAAGAUGUACUGUCAUUUUUCAGUAACAAAAUGACAACCUAGCUUGGGCACCAAAUGAAGCGAAAGCUGAGAAACCAUUUUCCUUUGUUUUGAGCAAAAAAAUAUAAGCUACAAUAGCGCACUCCUUAGGUCAAAUCAAAACUUGUACCUUUUUAUUUAAGCUGUCAGUGUCGAGGGUACAUCAAACCAAACACAGCUGGUAUCAUGCAUAUUUCCUUUUAAAGGCCAAAGCACAAGACAAAAUGACAUGCAAAAAUGUCUUUAUAAGAAGCUUUUAACCCCACCAAUAUUUUGUCAAUCUGUUUUUUUCCCCUUUGUGUAGUUUUUGUGUUUUUCAGAUUGGGAGAAACCAGUUUUAAUAAAUAUGACUUGAAUUUCAUUCUCUCAGUUCAUGUUCUUGCUUAGUAUGUGUAGAAUGUGAGGUAGUGUGCUGAAGUCGAGGAUGACCAGUGGUUUCUAGAAAUGUUGGGAAAGUCCUCUCUGUGCUGAUACUAUCAGAACAAAAUGAUAUUUGACAUGUUUAUGAUUACAGCGAUUUUCAUGCAACUUAAGGCAUUCAUUUGCAAUGCUAUACUGAACUGGAUUUUUUCCCCCCCAUGUAUGUGAGCUAUUUGUUGCUUGUUGAAAAAUGAAAACCUCACAGUCAGAUUUAGUUAUUUUAAAGUAGCAAUGAAAUUACUCUUAACAUAAAGUAGGUUAAAACAUCUGAACUGAACUGAGCUGCAUUGUAACCUAUGGCAAACUGCUGUCAGUUUUUGUGGAGUAGUGAUCCAUGUUGACACAGGAUUUGGUAAACAUGCCAAGGCCUACCUAUUCUAGGAUAACAGGAUGAGAGAGGUGUUUUGUAUUUGUAUAACUGAAUAAAUUAUUUCA